AUGGAUCUCGAUGGCUUGGCUAGACUGCAGACUGAGGGGGUUAAUCCCCAGACGACCGAUAUCGACCGCGUAUCGACGCUGGAGAUGUGUACGGUAAUAAACAACGAGGAUCAUCUAGUAGCAGAGAGCGUUGCACUGUGUCUACCGGUCAUUGCGGAUGCGAUCGAUGCCCUGGCUUUGCGUGUUCGGAAAGGCGGCAGGGUGGUGUAUGUUGGAGCAGGCACAAGUGGACGGUUAGGGAUCCUGGAUGCUUCGGAAAUCCCGCCUACCUUUGCUGCUUCCCCAUCCCAAUUCGUCGGGUUGAUCGCCGGAGGAAACGAUGCAAUCCGGCAAGCUCAAGAGGGCGCCGAAGAUAACGAGCAAGCCGGUAGAGAUGACUUGCAGCGUCUGAAUCUCGAUCGGAAUCUUGACAGUGUGAUUGGUAUUGCCAGCUCCGGCCGUACACCCUAUGUCCUUGGAUGUCUUUCCUUUGCCAAACGGCUAGGCUGCCUUACUAUUGGUGUUAUAUGCACUUCCCCAUCGGCUAUGGGUCACUCUGGUAAUGUGGAUUACCUGAUUGCUCCGCUACCGGGUCCGGAAGUGGUUACUGGGAGUACUAGACUCAAGGCGGGGAGUGCCACGAAGAUGGUCUUGAACAUGCUGAGCACGGGAACUAUGAUUCGAAUCGGGAAGACUUAUGGAAAUAUGAUGGUUGACAUGGUGGCAUCGAAUCUCAAACUCGAGCAGCGCGCUCGGAAUAUUCUGCGGAGACUGAGUGGAAAAUGCCAGGGCUUUUCGGAUUCCGAGUUGGACUCGCUUCUUGCGAGGUGCAAUCGUAGUGUCAAGCUCGCUAUUCUAGUUGCUGAAACGAGUGGAUCCGUUGAGAGCUGUCGAGAGGCUUUGGCGUCGGCUGGAGGUGUUCUCGCUAAGGCGUUGACAGAAACACGUCAACCUGCACAAAAAUCCUUACCAGAGAGCAGACGAUUCGUGUUGUGUAUUGAUGGUGGCGGUACCAAAUGUGCUGCUGUCGUCGCAAACAAAGAUGGCGUUAUCAGUCAUGGGUUUGCUGGACCAUGCAAUAUUACCGAUAACAUUAACAAUGUGGAAGUCAUCAUAUCCGCGCUGGCCACGGCAACCAAGGCUGCGCUGAAAGAGAAAAUACCCGGAACUGAGCUAACGGACUCGAAUUGGAGGGAGUGCCUCAAACAAUCCUUCCGAUCAGUUUGGAUCGGUCUAGCAGGUAUGGAUAGAAGCGGCCUGCACAGCAUACUGGCCCCAAAGCUCGGUGAACUAUUUGGCCUGGAUCACACCACUCCUGCCCUCAAGCUAACCAAUGAUGUAUCCUUGUUGACUGCCGCAUCAAACCAAAGCCCUUCUGUAAUUGCCGUGAUUGCAGGCACCGGAAGUGUGGCGAUGCGAUACAACCGGACCGAAGGCCAGGCAUAUACCUGUGUUGCUCGAGCUGGCGGGUGGGGUCAUCUGCUCGGAGACGAGGGUGGAGGUUAUUCCAUUGGCCUUGAAGCCAUCAAGAAUGUGCUAGAGGUGUUGGAAGAGAGGAAUCUGGGUCUUGGGCAAAAUGAGCUAGGCGAAUUUGAACGUGCUGUGAUAGGAAAAUUGGGCGGGCAGGUCGAGGAAAAUGAUAACAUUGACCUUUUGAGCGAAAUUCUCUCGCAGUCUCGUACUCAGAGUGUCAAGUCUCGCAUUGCUGGUGUUGCCGAGGCGGUAUUGAAGCUAGCGGGGAAUAGCACGGCAAAGGCUAUUAUAGAUGCCAAGGUAUCUUCCAUUGUUCGAAAGCCUCUGCAUCGUCUUGUUGAUCCUAGGUCCUGCGGGUAUGUUGUACCCGAGGAGACGGAGUUGGUAUUGACUGGUGGAUUGAUGAAGGAUGAGGGAUACCAGACUGCUAUGAGAGAGCAAAUUGCGACACUAGGACUACAUUUCCGAGGGAUAUGUGUGGUUGAGGAUGUAGCGGUAAUGGCAGUCAGAUAUUUGUUGUGUGGAUAA